AUGAUUAGAAAUAACAAUACAAGCCUCACAGCUUCCGUUAUUUCAAGGCACAUCCUCCGUCGGGUUGAAGAUGACCCUGGAUUAAAGGUCAAGAACAUACUAAGUGACGUUAAAGAAAACUUGAAGGUUGAUGUGUCUUACAAAAAAGCCUGGUAUGCCAGACGUAAAGCAAUUGAGCUUGUGUUUGGAUCUUGGGAGGCGAAUUUUUCCGAACUACCACAGUAUCUUGAUGCCCUGGUACAAUCCAAUCCAGGCACCGUGGUAGAGUGGUCCCAUCAUUCGGAUAGUUCGGAUCGAGUUAAGACCUUUAAAUAUGUAUUUUGGGCGUUUGGGCCGGUUAUUGAAGCAUUCCACAUGUGCAGGCCGGUUAUAUGCGUUGAUGGCACUCAUUUGCGUGACGAAUACAAGGGCAAACUCCUUGUUGCAGUCACUCAAGAUGCGAACAACCACGUUCUACCAAUUGCUUAUGCCAUAGUGGAUGAGGAGACGAUUUCCAGUUGGUCGUGGUUCAUGGAACAAUUGAGAUAUAAUGUGGCGCUUGAUCGACAUCCUAUCUGUGUCAUUUCUGAUCGCCACAAUGGUAUCAUCUAUACCAUGACACACUUUGACUAUUGGGAGGAACCUUUAGCGUACCAUAGAUUUUGCCUGCGACAUGUUAGGAGCAAUUUGAUGACACACUUCAAAGGUUUACACCUUCGCAAGUUGUGUUGGGCAAUGGGAAGGGCAAGACAAUUACGCAAGUGGCGAAUGUUCAGGAGAGAACUGCGAAGCAUGUUUCCGGAUGCUUGGAAUUAUCUGUUAGCCAUUAGUCCAGAAAAGUGGUGCCUAACACACGACGAUGGCCGUCGUUGGGGUAUUCUAACUACCAACAUAUCCGAAAGCUAUAAUAAUGUCUUGCGGGGGGCGCGUCAUUUGCCAAUUCGUGCAUGCAUUGAUAUGACUUUUCAUCGGACAGUUGAGUUAUUUAAGAGGAGAAGGGAAGAAGCUUCACAUUGUCGCAAUCCUUUUCCCUCAAAGAUAUGGCGGCGUUUUACAGUUGCUGAGCGGAAGGCAAGCGCCCACAGAGUCGUUGAGUUCGAUGGCCCAUCGGGCGUAUACAAGGUCAUUACAGGGCGGCGUGUCGAUGGAAUAGAGGUGACAAUCCGGGAUUGCUUUUUGACCAGCAUUUUACCAAGACAAGGUGGGCCGUCCAGUAUUCAGGGAAGUUUUUCCCACUGCCGCAUCAAGAUACUUGGCAACAGAUAUUUGCCUGGGAUUAUGGCCGACACCCCUAUCCCUGCAGGCCUACAUCCAGGACCAUUCGUGCACGACAUUAUAUCGGCGAGAAUUGCACACCGGGCACAUUCCAUUUUUCACGGACAUAUUCAAGGCAAUCAGUUAGAUGUCAGACGCUGUGACAGAGAAUUUUGGGAGCAUACGCCUAUUCCUGAUCCGGUUUGUCGUUAUAUUGCCUUGGCUGGAUUUGUGGGGGUGCUAGAGAGUGGAUAUUAG